AUGGACUCGUCCUCUCGUCUUCUUCUCGACUCAACCUCUAGUCUUUGGGGAGAUGAAAAUGCCUGCUUUUCCAGUCUGCGCGCGCGCCUUCGCGAUGAUCAUACCCCAGCGACGAGCUCCUCCACGAAGCCGGCACCGUACCAGGACGUCUACCAGCAAGUCCAAGCAUGUCUAGGGAAUCAUUUGCUGGUCCCAAAGCCCGACAAGAAGACUGCACAGACGUCUGACACCAAAGACCCAGCAAUCCAACUUCGAGAGGCGUUUGCUCGGAUGGGCAUGAAGCUUCACUCAUCUGCAAUUGAGCAUCUCGUGCAAGCGCAUUCCGAAGUGCAGUCCAGGAUUACCCGCUUCUCCAACGAAACCAGCGCGACUCUGUCGGAGUGCAAUGAUCUCUAUUGCAACAUUGCUUAUCCCCUAUCGGCAACUCUGUGCCACUCUGAUAACCAUCCCCGGGCGACAAUUGCUACCCACUUGGCCAACCUGAAGAAAGAUAUCGCCGCGGCGAAAGAGGAGAUCCUUCGACUCAGCGACGAAUAG